AUGAUGGAAUUACAAGCUUUUAUUGGACUUUUAUUACCUGCUGGUUUAUUAGGAAAAUCGAAGAUAGACCUAAAAUGCUUAUGGCGAAGAAGUCCAUUAGAAUCUCCAAUAUUCAAAGCCACUAUGUCAAGAAGUCGUUUUCAAAAUAUUAUUUCUCGUUUAAGAUUCGAUGAUAAAAUAACAAGAGAAGAAAGAAAAAGAACAGAUAAAUUUACAGCAAUUCGUAAAAUCUGGUCAUAUUUCCAAGAUAAUUUACAAAUAUGUUAUACACCAGGAUCUAAUGUUACCAUUGAUGAACAGCUAUUAGGAUUUAGAGGAAAAUGUCCUUUUCGUCAAUUUAUGCCAAAGAAACCUGAUAAAUAUGGAUUAGAAUUUUGGUUAUGCGUUGAUGCAGACUCACGUUACGUAUUCAAUGCAUUUCCUUACAUUGGACGAAAACCGACUGAACAAAGACAAACACAGAUAGGUGCCAAAGUAGUUUUAGAAUUGCUCAAGCCACUUUAUGGUUCAAGCAGAAAUGUUACAAAUUGA